AUGUUGAGACCUCGACUUUUGUUUGUUAUUUGUGGCAAGCCAAGGCUCCCAAUAGCAACGGCAGCUUUGGUCUGUUGCCUGAAUGCUUCUUCAGAAAAUGACACUGGAGAAGCACUUCGCCCUAUUCUUCACAUUGAGAAGUCUUCCUUCACCAAAUCAAACCAGGAGGAGGUUCAACGGUUUUGGAGCACACUUGGCAAGACUUCUCAAAGCACACUUACCAGAGCGAUUGUUGUUCGGAGCACAAUGUCCAUUGUGGAAGAGAAGUACCUAGAGGAAUAUGUGGGGAAUAUGCAACUUCCUGACAUGGCCGAUGAGCGUUUGAACAUCGAGUUACGAGAAAGGCUGCUUAACAUUUUGCGCUCGACGCCAGAUUCCAGCAUUGUGCAAAGCCUGAAGUUCCAGGAUGAUGCAAAGAAUCUGAUCACAUUGGAAAGAGUGAUGCUGAGGCACUGGAGAACACCCAGUGGCGAGCUGGCGAUUGCAUUGGCUUAUGCUUCAGAUCAGAGAACGGGGAGAGACAAUCAAGAUGAUGCUGAGAAGAGCCAGGAAGAUUUGUCGCAAUGGCUGGAUUUCAAGCUGAAACAUGAAAUCAUUGCAAAAUCUGAUGUAAAAGAACUCCCAGAUCCUGAACUUUAGAACUGACAGCCAAGAACCGAUUCUCCUUGGUUCCAGACCCCCAAGGACAGCUCCGAGGGAAGCCAUGGUCUUUGUAGACGACAAGCAAGCUCGGGCAUGCUCGUCCGGGGUCAACUGAAUACAGAUUCAGUGCUUGUCAUUGCAACUUCGUUGUACAGUUCCUUCCUUUGCAUGCAAGUGGGCACAGUCAAAGCAGUUGGUGCCGCUUGCUAGUGACCGCUAGUGCACGUUUGUUUGUGUAAUCAGCGCUCGCCUGCAGAGUGCACGGUUGAUUUGCGAUUGGUGCCUCUGUGCACACCGUUGUUUGGGAAGGCGAGCGUUUGAAAAA